UAACAAAACUACGUGCACUACCUUCAUAAAUCCUCCGUAUAAAUGUAAUAUACGGUCCAUAAACAAAAACAAGUCGAAGAGCAUUAAGAGUGGUGCGUUCCGAUAAGGAUCUGCUGUCCUCCGUUUAGGACUGCGUUACAGUAAGGAGCAGUAACAGCCCCCCGAAUGGCUCCGCGCUCGCCUGAGCAGACAGUGCGUACUGGAGCUGCAUGCUUGCGCGUGUCCACAUCUUCAAGUUUGUAAACACAAGUGAGGUCCUCCCACGUGUGACUCGCACACAGAAGGUGUGCCCAGCCACGGCGAGGUGGCUCAUUGAGUUGGCAAGUGUCGGAUGGGACGCGCCUCCCCCGCCCCAUGCGCGUAGCCUUUCUGCCAUUGGACGCCCCUCCAACGUGCCUUCAAGCCGGAGCUGUUGUAUCAAUGUCCAUUCAUUGACCGGGGGUGUCAGGGGAGGCAAACAAUACCCAAGUAAAAAAAUCUCGCUUGCCUCCCGCUAGGAGGAUCACAGAAGAGAAUAGAGAAAGACAGGGGGAUUUCUGAAAGUAGACGGGAGAAGCCUUCAAAGGAGCGAGACCUCUCUCGCCGGCGUUCGUGGCGCUGUAGGAAAAUUAUUUUAAAAAAAAAAGGACAAAAAAAAAAACCAAACAAACCUGCAAUUAUGUUGUAGUGACAAUAUUUAGAGUAAAUAUUUUAAGUUUUGAACCAUUUAAAUGCCAGAUUUGUAGAUCCACUGGCCAUCGUCUAACUCCGUUUGAAAGGAAUAUUCUAUGAUUUUGUGGAACGUCAGAGGGAUUUAAUUCAGAAGAGGAGAGCCUGCCUGUCGUUGGGGAAGCGCAUUGGGCUCAGUCAUGUUUUGGAUAUGGUUAUCGAUGCUGAUAGCGGCUGCGACGGCAGGCCAGGACAAGACUUCAGAGCUUUCUUUCCUUUCGGAGCCAGGUGACGUCAUUGCAGUACGGGAUCGUCCACUUAUGCUUCACUGCCAGGUUGAAGGAGAAGGGCCUGUCACCAUUACUUGGAGGAAGAAUGGGGUGCCAUUGGUGACUGGACAGCGUUUUUCUGUAUUAGCCAAUGGCUCUUUGCUUAUCGAGAACUUCCACAAGCGGCGUGACAGCAAUGAGACUGAUGCCGGCGAGUAUGACUGUGCAGCAGAGAAUCGUUUUGGCAUGUUGAUCAGCAGGAAGGCCCGUGUUCAACUUGCAUCCCUCCCCAAAUUCUACACACACCCUGAAUCAAUGACCGUUGACGAAGGUGGUGUUGCUCGCUUUCAGUGCCAAGUGAAUGGCAUCCCAGAAGCUGUGAUCACAUGGGAGCGAAAUCGAACUGCAUUGGACACCAAUGACCAGAGGUACACACUCCUGCCUACAGGCAUCCUGCAAAUCACAGGUGUCCGUCGGCCAGACUACGCCUUCUACCGUUGUGUGGCAACCAAUAUCGCCAAUACCCGCUACAGCCAUGAAGCACAACUCAAUGUGUCAGCUGCAUCCCAGAGGAUGUACAAGGAGCCAGUUAUCCUCUCAGGGCCACAGAAUCUUACCCUCACAGUUCACCAAACAGCCAUCUUAGAAUGUAUAGCUACAGGAAACCCACGGCCGAUUGUCUCUUGGAGCAGACUUGAUGGCCGCUCCAUUGGUGUGGAGGGAAUCCAGGUGCUCGGCACAGGCAACCUCAUGAUUUCAGAUGUUAGCCUGCAGCACUCUGGAGUGUAUGUCUGUGCUGCCAACCGGCCAGGGACUAGGAUGCGCCGUACUGCGCUGGGGCGUCUUGUUGUACAAGCCCCACCCGAGUUCCUGCAAUGGCCGCAGUCCAUGUCCAAGCCAGCGGGGAGCAGCGCCUUGUUUAACUGCGUGGCACAAGGGGUACCAGAGCCACACCUCAUCUGGCUAAAGAACGGCAAAGUCCUGGUGCCUGGGGACAACAUUAAACUGACCAACAACAACAGCACUCUGGCCAUCACUCGCAUCACAUCAGAAGAUGAGGCUAUCUACCAAUGCAUUGCUGAGAACACUGCUGGGACCAACCAGGCUAGUGCCCGGCUAGCUGUGUCACUGUCCAAAGACCUGCCAGAAUCCCCUGAGCUGCUCUCUGCCCAAGCCCUGUCCACAACCUCCAUCCAGGUGACCUGGGCCCAGCCUCCCGCAGAGGUUACUGACAGCAUCAUUGGCUACGUAUUGCACAUCCGCAAGAUGGGAGAACCAGACAGAGGUGAGCUGCAGGAAGCUGUCAGUAAGACCACAUUUCAGCACACCCUUAACUUCCUCGAACCAUCAACUACCUACUCCAUCUACCUGAAAGCUUAUUCCCCUCUGGGAGCCAGCAAGGAGUCCCAAGUAAUUGUGGUCACCACGCACGGAGGUGUGCCUGCUGCCCCAGUGUUCUUCACCAAGGUGCUCAAUUCUAGUGCCAUACAAGUGUUCUGGGAGCUUCCUGACAAGCCGGGUAAAGUGGAGGGCUUCAAGCUCUAUUAUCGGCGGGUGCCACAGCAAGAAUUUCUGGGUCCUCAGGUUCUACCAAGCACCACAAAUGCCUUUGUCCUUACUGGCCUCGAAUCCUCUGCUGUCUAUGAGGUUAAGUUGCUAUCCUACAAUGGAAACGGUGAUGGGAACUGUACUACCCGCUUUGUCUCUAUGAGAGAGGAAGUCUCCAGCGACAAAACAGAUGCAGGGAGUGAGGCAGUGUGUAAUUGUCGACAGGAGGGUGAGAGCUCCAUCACUGGCAUUGUUGUUGGAAUCCAUAUUGGCAUGGCUUGCAUCGUCUUCUGUGUUCUGUUUCUCAUGUUUGGGUACAGAAGAAGUCUUUUCUGCAGAAAGGGGACACAGGACAGCUGGACUGUGCCUCAAGGAACAGAGACAAGCAAUGGUGGUGCUAUUGUCAUCGGUCAACGAAACACUUCUCAUAAGGAGGGAGUGAAUAGACCUCCUGAAGCCAUAGAACUAGUACCUCAGGGCUCUUCAUUAGAGGUUCGGGAUUCUCAGGCUCAGCAGCUCACAUCCCAGUGCGAGGUUUUGAUUGAACCCCAUCAGUCUGACCAGCCUGGUAUGGGUGCAGGUUAAUGUGCGGCCAAGAUGUUAGUGCCAUAAUAAGUGACCCUCUUGGGCACCCUUUCCCCACGCACACUCAUGUCUUUUCCCAGUCUUACUGUUGACAGUUUUUAAAGCAGCACCAGGUUUGAUAUUGGCCAACUCAGUUUACUGAUAUUUUACCCCUAGGUGUUUGCACUGCCAUAGCUAGCAAUACUGCUGGCAUUCAUGGAAGGCAUACCCAACCCCCC